UUCCUGGUCUGCUGCAUGCAGUUCCAGGAGAUUGUCAAAAUGUGUAGUCAAUACCAGGGCUCCAUUUUCCAACAGGUGGAGAAUUGACUGAAGUAACUUCCAUAGUCUUCCAUCUUUGACUCCAAGUCAUCAAAUACUUCAUAUAAACAGUACUUCAAACACGUGGAUCAACCAUUACUAGUACAAGAAGAGUUUUUGAACAGGUCAUGGGCAACAUGAACAAGAUUUUUGUCUUCAGGAAGACAUUUCUGAAAUUUUUGCUCUCAUUGUCUAGAAGAUCAAAAUCAUUGGCAGCAUCAGUAAGGCUUGAAGUAACCCCUUCCAGGAUUUCAGAACAGGAACCUGUGGUGAAGCCAUAGCACUAAUGCCUGUUCCAAUCACCAGCACAAGUUCCAGAGGCUUCUUACUUUUUAAGCUUGGAAGCAGCUUCCUGGGCUUUAUGGUGGGGGGUGUGUCAUCACUGAAAAAUCCAAAAAUCUUUUCUGGCUUCCUAUAGAAGCCAUCUAGUUUCAUACAAAGGAUUGGAACUUCCCUGUCACUGCUUUCCCGCCUGUGAAGCUUCUGAGAAGGUAUAUCCAUGUCUGCUCCAAACGCAGCUGCUCUAACUCGGAACUCAAUUUCCUGCAUCUGCUGAAUCUCAAAAACCCCGGCUGAAAAGAGCUCCAGAGUUUCCUAUUUUAGAGAAGAAGAACUGGUUGAUACAUCUCCAUUAUAUCCGGAAGGAUUAUGAAGGAUGCAAGGACCAGGCUGAAGGGGCAAUCAUUCUGUGGGACUUGUUAAUCUCAUAGUGGAGGGCAGAUGUUCAACACAGCAUAGUAUUUCACUUCUUGAUCUCUGGAUAGGUGAAAAAUGGCUGUUAUCAAAGAACAGCUUCAGGAAACCCAGGGGCUAUGUGAAUAUGCUAUCUAUGUCCAAGCAUUAAUAUUUCGUCUGGAAGGAAAUAUCCAAGAAUCCCUAGAACUCUUUCAGACAUGUGCUGUUCUCAGCCCUCAGUGUGCUGAUAACCUCAAGCAGGUGGCCAGAUCUCUAUUUCUUUUGGGGAAACAUAAAGCUGCCACUGAAGUAUAUAAUGAAGCGGCUAAACUUAACCAGAAAGAUUGGGAGAUCUGUCAUAACCUAGGAGUUUGCUACUUUUAUCUGAAACAGUUCAACAAGGCACAAGACCAGUUGCACCAUGCCCUACAUCUUAACAGGCAUGAUCUGACUUACAUUAUGCUGGGGAAGAUUCACUUGCUGACAGGAGACUUGGACAAAGCCAUCGAAAUCUACAAGAAAGCUGUGGAGUUCUCACCAGAAAAUACAGAACUUCUUACAACUUUAGGAUUACUCUACUUACAGCUUGGCUUUUACCAGAAGGCAUUUGAACACCUUGGAAAUGCGCUGACUUAUGACCCUACGAACUACAAGGCAAUCUUGGCAGCAGGCAGCAUGAUGCAGACCCAUGGAGACUUUGAUGUUGCCCUCACCAAAUACAGAGUUGUAGCUUGUGCUGUUCCAGAAAGUCCUCCACUAUGGAAUAACAUUGGAAUGUGUUUCUUUGGCAAGAAAAAAUAUGUAGCAGCUAUCAGCUGCCUGAAACGAGCCAACUACUUGGCACCCUUUGACUGGAAGAUUCUCUAUAAUCUGGGCCUUGUCCACUUGACCAUGCAGCAGUAUGCGUCAGCUUUUUAUUUUCUCAGGGCAGCCAUCAACUUCCAGCCAAAGAUGGGGGAGCUGUAUAUGCUCUUGGCUGUGGCUCUGACCAAUCUGGAAGAUACAGAGAAUGCCAAGAGAGCUUAUGCUGAAGCAGUUCGCCUGGAUAAGUGUAACCCUUUGGUCAACCUGAACUAUGCUGUGUUGCUGUACAACCAGGGCGAGAAGAGGGACUCCCUGGCCCAGUAUCAGGAGAUGGAGAAGAAGGUCAGCCUACUCAAAGAUAGUAGCUCUCUGGAAUUCGACUCUGAGAUGGUGGAGAUGGCUCAGAAGUUGGGAGCUGCUCUCCAAGUUGGGGAGGCACUGGUCUGGACUAAACCAGUUAAAGAUCCCAAAUCAAAGCACCGGACUACAACCAGCAAAGCUGCCAGUUUCCAGCAACCUCUGGGCUCUAAUCAAGCUCUAGGACAGGCAAUGUCUUCAGCGGCUACAUACAGGAAGAUCCCCUCAGGUCCAGGAAGCACAGAGUUCCAAACAAGAUGAACUCAAAGAAACCCACUCCAAGACACAUUGUAAUUCAACUGGGAAAAGUUAGAGACACUUGUUUUUUUUUGCUGUUUGUUUUUUUGUUUUUUUUUUAU